AUGUCGAGCAUAGCCGCAGCCAUGGGGCAGCUGCCGCGUUUUGAUGGCCGUGCACCGGACCCUAAAGUGUGGAUUAGUCAGGCUACACGUGCCAUACGGUGUUUCCUAUCCGCCGUAACCGAGGAUCAGCAGUUGGAUUACCUCCUUAUGCACCUAACGGACUCUGCUUACGUGUGGGCAGAGAGUAAGGAGUUCACGACUGUGGCAGGCUUUGACAAGGCGUUUCGGGAGCGCUUUAUUUGGGAGUCAACCGCGAAUGUCAUGCAGCGGCUGACGGGGCUGAAGCAGAAACCGGGUCAGACAGUGACGGAAUUGGCGGAUGAAGUGAGGCAGUUGGCGGCCUACGUCCCCAACUACCCGGUGGCUAUGUCGGUGAGACAUUUCAUUGAGGGCCUGGGGGAUAAAAGCUUGAGGGAGAAAGUGUUGGGUGGGAGGCCGGUCUCCCUGGAGGCAGCCGAGGAAGCUGCUAAAUAUUUUGUGUCCUAUUCGCUACCUAUGGGGAUAGAGCCGGUGCCGGAAGCUGCUAAGGGAAAGGGCCUGGGGAAUAAGGAAUCCGAGGUGGAUAAGAUCACCAAGCAGCUGGAGAAGCUGAGCAUCCAGUUGGCCCAGAUGCAGCAGGGAAGGGGAGGCGGCUUACUCCCUAGGCCGGCAGGAGGCGGAUUUAAAUGCUACCAAUAUGGGCAGGAGGGACAUAUGGCUCGGGACUGCACCCAGAAGGGACGGACGGCGCUGAACGUCAUGCAGCAGGUCCUGGAGGGAAAGGCCCCAACUAUAGCCGAGUUCCUUAAUGGGGAGGAAGGAAAGGUGGACAUGCUGGUCGGACCCCGAAAGCGGCAGGCGGUCCGGGAGCCGGAAGGAUGGGGAAUUGACGAGGCAAGGGAAGAGCUAAGGAAAAAGCUGGCCGAAUCUGGUGGAGCUGAUGAAGCGGCUAAGGGGACCCGAUUCGUACGGAGGCCACGGGUAUCCGCCCUACCCAAUUCAUACAGCGUGGUGGACCAGCUGAAGCUCACCCCUGUGAGCGCCAGUGUAUGGAAUUACAUAAGCGACAGUGAUAAGGUGAGAAAGGAGCUUUUGGAGGCCCUGAAAAUGACUGAGGAUAAGGGGAAGGAGGAUGGGGCAGCUGCCAUGCAAGGGGUUUCGAAAGUGGUGGCAGCAGCUCCGCGGGAGACUAGGCACGAGGAUCCGAUCCCGAGCAACCUAGUUUUCCAAGUCCCACAAUGCGAUGUCCACCUAGGCAAGCAUCGUCUGACUGCCAUAGUCGAUUCCGGAGCAUCCCAGACGGCUCUCUCUCACGUCAUCGCCAGGAAGUUAGGGUUGCUGCCCUACCUCCAGGAUACCACAAUAGAGUAUACCACCUCUAGUGGCGAGACGUCGAAGCCGUGGGGAAUUCUGCCUGACGUACCGGUCCGGGUGGGGAAGCUGACCCUCCCAAUCGACAUAGCAGUAACGGGGGCAAAUACCUAUGACAUGCUGCUAGGACAGGACUGGAUUUACUCGGCUAAUGCGGAUAUCCUGACCAGCAAGGGGCAGAUAGUGUACCGGGUCAAUACCAAAGAGACAGACUCGGUUCCUAUCACCACUGGACCCGUCGGCACGGGUGGCCGUCCCUCCUAUGUGUCCCUCCCGCCCCAAACACCCCGCAGGAAUGAUCAAAAACCUUCUCAACAUUGGUCCGGAAUGGAGGAGGAGGAAUUCCAGCGGUGGUUGGAGGAGAAGCAGCUCCUCCUGGCCGAAGAGCAGGGGCGCAUCCGGCUGACGGAGGAGGAGGAGGCGGACUAUUGGGCGUGGGUCCAGGAGGAGGAGGAGUUGGAUCGGGCAGAGCUGGAGGUGCUGGAACUCAAGGAGCAUGAGUUCUACGAAGAGCCCGAGGUGGACGGGCUCGAUGGCAUACCCGAAGGAGGUGAGCCAGAAGGAGAAGUCGGGACGGAUGAUGAUAUGCCUAGCCUCUUUGGGUCGGAUGGUGAACACUAUUCUGACCUGGGAGGUUCGGAUGGGGAUGAGAUGGAUGGGGAACCAAAAUGGGACAUGGGGUAUGAGGAGGCAAGGAAAGCUGUGGAGGAAAAGGGGGAAAUCACGGACCAGUGGGAAGUGGAUUCGAUGGCGGACGGGGAAGAGUACCUGGUGGAGGUCAAGGAGGAAGGGGAGCUGGUAUACGAGGGGAAUGGGCACCGGAUCAGUCCGGACUACCUGUUCGAGCUAUUCAAUUACCCAGCAGCUGAACGUUGGCAAUACAUAGCAGCUGCAAAGGGGGAUGAAGGACGGAUAGUUCUCGGUAGUUAUUACAGCCUCAAAAAGGAAGCCCCGAGAGUUGCCUGCCCUGCCUUCGAGGACCUGCCGGUGUCACUCAACCACGAAUUGGGGAUGGAUCAGCAGACGGACCUGAGAAUGCUGCUGGUGGAGUACCGGGAGGUCUUUGCUACUGAAGCAGAACCGCUAGGAACCCACCCCACCGUCCUCCAUCAUAUCGCCACAGGGUCAGCCAAACCCAUAUCCCACAAGCCAUACCGGGUGUCUCCCUCAGAACGGGCUCGGAUAGAAGAGGGGGUAGCGGCCCUCUUAGAACAAGGCGUGAUCCGACCCUCCAACAGCUCCUGGGCCUCCCCCUGCAUCGUCAUCCCGAAAAAGGAUUUUGUAUUUUCCAACAGUUGGGAGGAGCAUUUGGAGCACCUACGGGAUGUCUUCGAACGGGUGAAGGCCAACCACCUGCUCCUCAAGCCCAACAAGUGUGAGCUGGGGUUCUACUCCACGAUCUACUUGGGGCACAUCGUGACACGGGAUGGGGUGAAGCCGGAUGCCGGGAAGGUGGAGGCAAUCAGCGGCAUGGUGGCGCCGACGGAUGAAAAGGGGGUCCGGGAGUUCCUGGGGUGCACCAGUUACUACCGGCGGUUCAUCAAGGGGUAUGCGAAGGUGGCGCAUCCCCUCACUCAACUGCUGCACACGGACCACCCGUUUGAGUGGACGGACGCAUAUCAUCCUCAGAGCUCGGGGCUCAUCGAGAGGUUCCAGCGGACUCUAAAGGGGGCAUUGAAUAGGCUGGGGGAGACCAAUCCAUUCGAGUGGGAUGAGGACAUCUGCUGGGUCCUGUUAGGGUACCGGGCCUCAAUCCAUGCAUCCACCAAAUUCUCCCCCUUCUAUUUGCUCUAUGGCCGCCACCCUAACAUCACUGGGAGCACCUUGACGGAAUGGGAGGUAAAGGAGCUGACGGAGCUGUCCACCGAGGAGGAAGCUGAUGCAGCAGCCCGGUAUAUCUAUGAUCGGUCCUCGGAGAUGGAGUUGGCCUUGGCCAAGGCAGCUGAGAAUCAUGGUAAGGCACAGGAGAAGCAGAAGGCCGACUUUGACAGGCGUCGGACCCUCCUGGAGCCGAUUCGAGUGGGGGAUUUCAUCCGGAUCAAGCCGAAUAAGAGGGUGGCUUGGGCGGACCAGAACCAGAAAUACAAGACCCUUUUCCGGGUCAAGGAGGUGGAGGCCUUCCAUGUGGUGGUGGAGGCAAAAGGGGGAGUGGUCUGGCGGGAGUCCAAGGAGAAUGUGAAGGUGGUGCCGGUGAUCAUUUGA